AUGUCAAGUGACUUUACUGCUUCUACUACUGCCGCUGUCGCUAUGGCUAGUCCUCCUGUUCUAGCUUUCGACGCCGAGGGCCGUCCGGUCAAAUUCGAAACCUGGCUAGAUGACCUGCACCUUUUCCUACAGCUCACUGCCAAGGAAGAUAUUACACUGUACGACCACGCUCUCGGCCAUGCGACCGCCCCACCCGCUACUGCCCCCCCAGCUGAGCGCUCACAGUGGCAGACCCGUGACGCGCACGCUCGCUUUGCUAUUCGCAACUCCCUGCCGCUAGAUGAGCGCGAGCACUUCGGCCAGUGCAAGACUGCUAAGGACCUCUACACAGCUGUAGUGGCCCGCUACUCCUCACCCGCUUCUGCCACUCUAGGCCGCCUCACUCUCCCCUACCUGUUCCCCGACCUAGCCUCCUUUCACACUGUCGCAGACCUCAUCACCCACCUUAAGACUAGUGAGGCUCGCUUUCGCGCUGCCAUGCCUGACGAGUUCCUCGCUAGCAACCCCCCCCCGCUCUGGAUCACUCUCUACCACGUUGUCACCCGCCUCCCUGACUCUCUGCGCCCUGUCAGGGACCAGUUCCUCUCUCGCUCCCCCACUGAGCUCACCGUAGACCUCCUCGAGAAGGAACUGCUUGCAGCCGAGGCUAGUAUCGUCGCUGUAGGCACCUCUCGUGGCGACCCCCGCGGCCCCUUCUUUGAGGGGUGCUCCCCUUCCCCCCUCCUCCCCUCUGUCGCCUCUGCUGCUGCUGUCGACCUCCUUGGUGCUGAGAAGGUCGGGGCUGCGUCUGCUUCAGGCGGACGACGCAGGGGCAGGAGUGGCAGGAGUGGGGGUGGUGGCGGAGGAGGCGGAGGUGGAGGUGGUGGCGGUGGAGGUGCGACUGGAGAGGCUAGUGGCGGCAGUGGUGGAGGUGACAGCGGCGUUGGGAGUGGUGACAGGGGCGGAGGUGGCAGCGGAGGCGGAGGUGGUCGUGGCAGCGGCAGGGGUGGAGGUGGCCGGGGCGGAGGCGGAGGGGGUGGUGGUCGUGGAGGCCCGGGGGGCGGUCAGAGUCAGCAGCCUGCCCCGACCCUUCAGGCCGCUCGUGAGUGGUAUGCGCGGCGCAGCGUCACCUGCCAGUAUGUUAUUCGUACAGGUGACCGCACUGGCCAGACGUGUGGGGGGCCGCACCAGACGGAGCGCUGCUUCGCCCGCCUCAACGAUGCGUGGCGCACCCAGUUUCCUGGUGGGGGUGAGCUGCCGCGCUGGGCUGAGCUGCUCAGGAAGGGUGUUGAUAUUUGGGCACUAGACUUUGAUGCUAUUCUCACUGCCAUGUAUGCGAUGUCUAUUAGUGGAGAGGGUGCUCAGUACUUGCGUGUUCCGCCCGACCCGGGCAUUCAGGCCAGCCCCGCUGCUGCUCUAGGUGCUAGUGUGUCUGCUUCCACAGGUACUACUGCAGCUGCUGCUCUAGGUGCUUGUGCGUCUGUGCCCCCUGGUACUGAGUCGACUGCAGCACUGCACACCUUCACACUGGACUCAGGUGCUUCUCGCUCUUUCUUUCGUGACCGCACUGUCCUUGAGCCUCUAGCUCGGCCGGUUGCUGUCUCUCUUGCUGACCCCUCUGGGGGUCCGGUCCUUGCGACCUCCUCCACCACCCUUCCGUGUCCAGCGGUUCCGUCCGGCACGCUCUCAGGUCUCUACCUCCCCUCGUUCUCCACGAACUUGGUGGCAGGUAGUGCGCUCCAGGACGGGGGUGUUCACCAGUUCACCCCUGCCUACGAGCGUGUGACUCACUGCACGUGUGCUCGGACGGGCCGCCAUCUAGCUACUUUCACUCGAGAGCCGGGGUCUGACCUGUACACACUGACCACUGAGUCCCCUCAGGUAGCUGCGUCUGCGUCAGCGUCAGGUCAGCUGUCCGCCCCCUGCUCGUGUCGCUCUCUGGCGAACGACACCGUCCUCUGGCACCACCGCCUUGGUCACCCGUCUGUGCAGCGCCUGCGGGCCAUGCACAAACGGGACCUUGUUGCUGGUCUUCCCAGGGUGCUCCCUCCCCUUCCUGACUCCCCUGCUCCUGACUGCAUUCCCUGUGUCGAGGGGCGGCAGCGCGCCGCUCCUCACUCCUCCUCCUUUCCCCCGACGACAGCUCCCCUGCAGACGCUCCACAUGGACGUGUGGGGCCCAGCCCGCGUCCGUGGUCAGGGUCAGGAGAGAUACUUCCUGAUAGUUGUUGACGACUACUCGCGCUACACCACGGUCUUCCCCUUGCGCGCCAAGGGUGACGUCCCUGGUGUUUUGAUCCCCUGGAUCAGCCGAGCCCGUCUCCAGCUAGGCGAGCGCUUUCACUCGGACUUUCCUGUCCUGCGCUUGCACUCUGACAGAGGUGGUGAGUUUGCCUCCGACCUCUUGGCAGCCUACUGUGCUGAGCACGGCAUUGAGCAGUCGUACACGCUUCCGGCCUCUCCACAGCAGAAUGGGGUCGCUGAGCGCCGCAUUGGCUUGGUCAUGGAGGUCGCUCGUACCUCCCUGACCCAUGCGGCUGCUCCCCACUUUCUGUGGCCGUUUGCGGUCCGGUACGCAGCGCAUCAGCUCAACCUCUGGCCCCGUGUCUCCUUGCCGGAGACUUCCCCGACUCUACGGUGGACGGGAGAGGUUGGCGAUGCGUCGCGUUUCCGGGUCUGGGGAUCUCGAGCUUUUGUCCGCGAUACUUUUACCACGUCACCUCGCGCCGGGUUCUGGCCUCUCAGGACGUCACUUUUGACGAGUCCGUCCCCUUCUACCGCCUCUUCCCCUACCGCACUGCCCCGCUCCCCCCCCGCCUCUCUUCCUCGCUCCAGGUGCUGA